AAGUAAUCGAUGCAACAUCUAAACCCACUCGAUAGCCGCGCAGCCCGGAGAAGAUGGCGUCCUCGGAGCAGGCGGAGCAGCAAAGCCAGAGUGGCUCUCCAGUCAGGGAAGAUGGUCUUCUGCGGGAAGCACUGAUUGCUACAGCAGUGAAGUUCCUGCAAAACCCGAAAGUUCGUCAAAGUCCUUUGGCUACCAGAAGAGCUUUCCUGAAGAAAAAAGGUCUGACUGACGAGGAGGUGGAGAUGGCCAUCCAGCGUUCCGGCAGCGCGCAGGAAAUGGCCGUGAGUCCUGCAGGACCCGCGCUCACCCUGCAGCACGCUCCGCUGGUGCCUGCUCCGUACGGUCCCCCUGGUUACAGAUGGAGAGACUAUGGUGCCCUGGCCAUCAUCAUAGCUGGAAUGGCCUUUGGCGUUCAUCACCUAUACCGGAAAUACAUCCUUCCCCUCAUUAUGGGCAGCAGAGAGGACAAGGAGCAUCUGCGCAGGAUCUCUAGCAGCAUGGCAGAGAUGAGUGGCACGCUGGCCCAGACAGUGACCCAGCUGCAGACGACGCUCGCCUCGGUACAGGAACUCCUGGUUCAGCAGCAGAAGAAGAUCCAGGAGCUGUCUCAGGAGCUGGCCAGCUCUCAGGCCUGCUCCACGACCAACCGCAUGGUGGAAUCUCAAAGCAUCAGUGAGCUCAAGGCUGAGAUUGCUUCUCUGAAAGGACUGUUACUCAGCAGGAGACAGUUUCCUGCUUCUCCGUCCCUCCCCAAAAUCCCCUCCUGGCAGAUCUCGCUCAAACCAGGCACGACCUCCAACUCGCCCUCCGCCAAUCACACCAACAGCAGCAGCGACAUCUCGCCCGUCAGCAACGAAUCGGCCAGCUCCUCGCCCAUCAAGGAGGGCCACAGCUCUCAGGCCACGCCCCCCGGCCCGCACGGCCUGAACGGAGAGGUUGCCCUCGGGGCCAUGCUGCCCCUCGACCUGAAGAGCCAGGUCCGCAUGGAGGUGCAGGGCGAGGAGGAACGCAGAGAGGAGGAGGACGGGGAAGAAGAAGAAGAAGAGGAGGAGGAGGAGGAGGAGGAGGACGACGACGACGUGUCUCGCGCAGAUGAGGAGGAGCGUCUGGGCGUCCAAUCGGAGGACAGGAGAGGAGGCGAUGGACAGUUCAACGAGCAGGUGGAGAAGCUCCGCCGUCCUGAAGGGGCGAGUAACGAGAGCGAGGUGGAUUAGGCCGAGGACCCUCGCCACAGCCCUGGCCAGCCUCGGCCUCCUGUCACAACCCCACACCCUCAACCCCCUUCCCGCACAAACACAGCGCGGUGGGAACGGGCGGCAGGUGAGAUGAAGGCAGCCUGAUCCGCUCUUUUGUGUCCUAUUUGAGUUAGCAGCAAGCAUGGUAACGUGCGACGUGGAACUAGACGAUGACGGAAUACUUUUUUUCUUCUUUCUUUGCCCAGUCAUUUCCUAUAAAUACUUCACAUGGAAUUAGUGUCUGUAGUUCGCCACAGCGUAGAGAAAUCAAUAUACUGUAAGCGUACUGUAUGUUGUACCAGUUGAGGUAGUUUUAUUUGCACAAAAAGGCAAGAAAUCGCGAACGCCAAAGAAUCCCGCCGGUCCACAUCUUGUGCUCAGAUGUGUCCCACUCAUCCCGGGUCUAGCGCGCCUGUGCACGCCCACGUCCGCUGCGGUCAUGGUGGUCGGGCUCUGGCCGGGACCUCCAUCAGACGUGACCCUCGCCACCAUCGGGCAGCGGUGAGCUCCAGCAGCCGGUGUGUCUGCGCGCAAGCGGGCCCGCACCGGCUCCCGUUAGAGUGAUGAUGGGUUUGCUUCCUGCUGGCGCUGUGAGUUGAAGAGCGCUGAGGAGGCAGAUAAACACUGUUUUUAAUGCUCCCUGAAUAAGGCAGGGAGGGAGGGAUAGAGAGAGAAACAGCUAAAAGAAAAGUGUCCCCUUCAGUCAAAUCUCCAGCAGGGCAGCUGAUUUGGGUUAUGAAGUAUGUUAAUAAUCAAAUUAUCAACAAAUAACAGAUGUAUUAGUUCAUGCAGCUUGAAAUGUCAAGGAGGCUAAAAUCAGAAAUCUAAUACUGAAAGCCUGUUCUAUUGUGUUAUAUUACACGACAAAGCCCCCAGUCCAAAUGAUGCCGGCCUCCUGCGGAGCGUAAUCUUAACGUGAAGCAGUGCUGGGGGUUUGUAAUUAAACCAUGUAAAACAAUGGAUGUUUCUUCAGAGGUGCUGACGGUUGUGCUUCUUCCUUUACGGGUCUUUUUUUUUUCUUUUCAAGUUUUGGGCCUGGGCUGAAGAAGACAAAACAAAACACAAAACAAACAACAAAAAAAACCCCACCACUGAUGCAAAUGGAGAGUAAACGUAUGAAUACUUAACUAACAGAAUUACUCAUCCGCCUACUGACGAGAAGGGGGGGGAAAGGCGUGAAGGAUCCCGAAGAGAGUAGUAGACAGCCGGCACCACUCUGACAGUUUCACUUUUGACAAAUAAGCUUUUGAUUGACGUGAUUACAGCCAGGGCAGGUUGAGCUGGGCGGGGCUAUGGCAGUGGUCGCAGGGCCAAGAAAAAUUAUUUGUGUGAUGUAUGGUAGUGAAUAAGCACACACAUUCAUGUGAUAUACGGUAAUUCAGGCCUGUGAUUUAUUUUUUUCCAAAGUUAGUAAUGGUCUCAAGUGCUGGGGGGGAAUUAACUUGACGGUGUCUUGACUGGAAUAAUACAUAUCUGAUUGUGAAGGCCUAGGCAUUUUGGCACAUACCAUCAGC